AUGCACGAGUACCCCAUGUGUGCGCAUGCGUGUGCUGGUGCAUGUGUGGGUGCAGCCCUGCUUUUGGGGAGGGGUGUGGGGGUCCCGAGGGUGGGGGUAAAAGCUCACCCCAAGGACCCCUUGGAGUCCUUGGGUCCAGCUGCCCCCCAGGAGAGCCGGGGCUGGGUGCCGAGGAGGGUGCUGUGCGGGGUGCGGGUGCCCCCUCUGACCCGGGCUCUCGCGCAGGGCUGGCUCGGUGCCCUGGUGCUGCUGGGUGCCCUGGUGCUGUGCUGUGGCCUGCGCCGGCCCGGCGGCCCCCCGCACCAUCCCCAGGUGCACUGCUACAGCGCGGGUGAGCUGCGGGACGGCGAAGCCCCCGCACACCUCCUGGGCCGCAGCCUGCGCUGGGACCACUACGUGCCCGUGCAGCUGGUGCCGCAGCUGGAGCGCUUGCAGGAGACCCCCGGCCACCGCCGCCGCCGCCGCCGCCGCCACCGUGAGCGUGCCUGCCCCGCGCUGCAGCUCCGCACCGGCCUCCACAGUGAGCCCAAUGAGCGCUCCAUCUCCCCAUGGCGAUACCGCAUCGACGAGGACGAGAACCGCUACCCGCGCAAGCUGGCCUUCGCCGAGUGCCUCUGCAGUGGUUGCGUGGAUGUCAAGACAGGUCGGGAGACGACGUCACUCAACUCGGUGGCCAUCCACCAGACCAUGAUGGUCCUGCGGCGCAAGCCCUGCCCACGUCCCACCGGCCUUGGCCUCGUCACCUUCGAGGUAGACUACAUCAGGGUGCCGGUGGGCUGCACCUGCGUCCUGCCCCGCACCGGGCGCUGAGCCCCCCCUGCUCCCGUGGAGCCCCAUAGCGUGACUGUGUCACUGCAUCCAUCCCGACCCGUGCUUGUUUUAGAGCACACACGCGGCCCCCCUCCGCCCCCAAACCCUCACCUUGUUAUUUAUGAUUUAUUUAUGAGCCUUGCUGCCGGAGGAUUAUUUUUUUAACCCGUAUUUAUUGCUGACCUCCCCUGCCAAGGCUGCAACUCCGGGUCCAGCAUCAGCCCGUGGUGCCCAUGGCCCCGCAGCCAGAUCCUGCGAGCCCUGCUUGGGGGCUCGCCGGUUAUUUAUUCCCCCCGCAAAGCUAUUUAUUGUCUCCUCUAUAUGUGCUAUUUAAAGCUGGCAGCGUGCAGCCUGCAAAUAAAGGCCAACCCCCCCAGCACGGUCCUUGUUCUUUUUCCCCAGUUGGGGGCGGGGGGUGGGGGGGUGGGGUGUGAGGAUGUCAGCGCAAUGGGGCAAAGAGGUGUGGGAUGGGGCCAAGGGCACAUCCAUGGGUGUCCCGUGGGGUGAUGCUCAGCUGUGGGGCAUCUCUUGGCCC